AUGGAUCACCACCAACACGACAAGCAGAACAAGUCCGAGCAGGCCGCCGGCGCCGGCGAUUGGCGCAAGGAGGAGAAGCACCACAAGCACAUGGAGCAGCUGGCCCAGCUCGGCGCCGCCGCCGCCCGAGCAUACGCCAUGCACGAGAAGCACAAGGCCAAGAAAGACCCCAAGCACACAAGGUCGCACAGGAUCAAGGAAGAGAUCGCAGCCACCAUUGCCGCCGGCAGUGCGGGGUUCACCAUCCACGAGCACCAUAAGAGGAAAGAAGCCAAGAAGCACGGACACCACCACCACCAUUAG